AUUUCAAAUUAUGAUUCAGAAAAUUAUUAAUUUUCUGUUCUAAUGAUUAACUAGUUGUAGUUAAGUAAUUUAUUUAUUUGAUCGUUUUUCUUCAGUUAAUUGUUACCGUCUUUGGCCUUUAGUUAUGAAUCGUCUUUGAGUUUAUUGAUCGUAACUAUUUUUUGGAUAUCGUCAGUACCUGAUGAUCUGUUGAUUCGGUUCACUUGUUCAAAUCAAUUCAAUUUUUUUCCUUACAUUUUUUGUUAAUUUUGUUUGUUAAAACACUUUAUUCCAAAUGGAUCUAAGUUUGUUUAUUUUUCUAAUUUUAUCAUCGGUGGCCUUAAUCGUCUCUUUAUUGGUUUUCUUUAUCAUCACUCUUGACUCAGAUUUGACACUUUUCUUUGCUGAGAAAUUUGGUAAACCCAUUGGAAAUCUAAAAGGAAAAGUAGUUUGGAUCACUGGAGGAUCAAGUGGAAUUGGUGAAUCUUUAGCUUAUUUAUUAGCCAGAAACGGUUCAAAGUUAAUCAUUUCUGGAACAAAUCAAGAACGUCUCGAAAAUGUCCGCCGUAACUGUAUUGCUGAAGGUUUAUCCGAAGAUAACAUUUUGGCCUUAAAAUUUGACAUGAAAGACUUUGAAGUUCAUCCUGUUAUGUUUAAAAAAGUUAUUGAUAAAUUUGGGAAGAUCGACGUAUUGGUUAAUAAUGCUGGACGGUCUCAAAGAGCGGCUUUCGCUGAAAUCGAAUUACGAGUUGAUGAAGAGAUUUUUAAAACCAACACUUUAGGCCCUGUAAGUUUAACAAGAUUAGCACUUAAACAUUGGGACAGUACUGGUAAAUUGGGAAUCAUAGCCGUUGUCACAAGUGUCGCUGGUAAGGCUGGAACGCCAUUUUCAGCAUCUUACACUGGAAGUAAACAUGCUCUUCAUGGAUACUUUGAGUGUUUACGAGUUGAAUCAAUUGGUAAACCUAUAAAAAUCAUAAUGUGUUGUCCUGGUCCAGUUGAAUCUCGAGUUUUAGAAAACGCAUUCACGGGUGAUGGUAAUAGAGUGGGUCGUAAACAUCCAGCAGAUAUGAGACGAAUGAAAGCCGAUCGUUGUGCAAAGUUAAUUGCUGUUUCAAUCGUUAAUCAAUUAGACGAGGCUUGGAUGGUCACUCAGCCUGUUUUAAUGCUUUUAUAUGCUAAUCAAUACAUGCCCAGUUUAAGUAGAUCAAUGAUGUCGUUAUUUUUAAGCCCUAAAGCCUUACACAAGCUUAGAGAUGGUUAAGUAAUCACUUAACAUACGAUUAUCUACAAUAAUGCUCAUAUACAUCAAACUGUGAUCAAAUCAGUUUCGAACACAAAUUAUUUACUUAUCGAUAAUUUCAUUGCAAUUUGUAAACUAAAUUAUCAACGAAAGAAAAAGUUUCAUAACCAACAGUCUAAAAGUUAAUUAAAUCAACUUGAUAGCUGUCAUAAAAUGAA